AGCUCCUUAGGUCAAGUAUGGUGUCCCUUUCCUACUUCAGUUUUGAAGACCCUAUUGCAGAACAAAUACACUCUGGCAAGGAAAACAGAAAUGACUUUGAGGGGAAAACUUAUUAUGGAUUGUGUGCUUUUAGGGAUCUGUGUGGAGAUUAUGGAGAUGGUACAACUGCUCAAGUUUAUCCAAGAAACAGCAAAGGAAGAAAAGACAAGCGUUAUCAACCAUUCAAAUCUGUCUUUCCAAUGACAAAAAAUACUAAUGGACUAGAAAUGACUAAAAUUCCCCGUGAUGUUUUUUUUCAUAGCAUGAAUAAAAAGCAACAGGACAGAAUCCCAAAGAAGUCUAAAUGUGAUGGUUCUCGUUUUGUGGUCAAAACAAAGGAAAUGAAAGAUUUUUUCAAAUUAACUGGUAAUUUCUUUUCUUUUUUUUUUUUAUAAAAACAGUGGUUUUUGUAUCCGAUUGUAAUUUUGAGUUUUAUUAUUUUUAGACAAGUUAACAGUUUUGCAAAAUGUUACUUUUUGAUUUUUUUUUCAGAAGACACAGUUAUACAAAAUUUCCUGCAAAUGGACAGUUGCAAAAGAAUUGCUGACAAGGUACCUACAGAAACUUUGGUAGAUUUAACUAACUUAAAUUAAAAUUAAAUAUUCUUUUUUACAUUUUACUAUUAUUUUAAAGCCAUGUCGGUCAAAGUAUUAAAAAUAAUUUUUUAACCUCCAAAUUGUUAAUUUUUUGUAACAGUGCUUAAAAAAAUAAUUAUAGGACAUUGCCAGAGCCUAUCAUCUUUAAAUAACAUUUAUUUUCCAUGUUAUAUUUUAAGAUUAUGGCAUGCUAGAAAAAAAUUGUAUUGAAACUGAACUAUAAUUAUUAUAAUUUGUAUUAGUUGCACUGUUGGUAACAAAGAACUAAUAACCUCAGAAUGUUUUCAGUAUCUCAUUGCCAUGGUGUUUGCUUAUUUCAAGAGAGCUGAUUUUUCUCUAAAAGACUACACACGGAUGAACUUUUUCAUUGCUUUGUAAGUCUGAAUGUAUAUUUUGUAUUCCAUGCGAUAAGUUUGAACUUACAAGAUGAUCCAAAUAUUUAGAUCAAUAUAUCAUUAUUAUGUUUUGUUAAAGACAUAUCAGUUUUAAAAAAACAAAAACAUUUUUGCUUCAACUACUAAUCCCUGCAUUAUUGUUAGUUAUACCCAUGCAUUUUAGAAUGAAAUAACAUCUUAUUUUGUAAACAAAAUUUUUAAAUCACCAAUAUUUAGCAUUAAAACAAUAUGGAACAAAUUUUUUCAGAUAUUUGGCUAAUGACGUUGAAGAGGAUGAGGAGGAAAUCAAGUAUGAGAUUUUCCCAUGGGUAUUAGGGAAAAACUGGAGAAAUAAAUAUUCAAACUUUUUAAAGAUGAGAGACUAUCUUUUAAAAAAGAUUGAUUUUAAGGCCAUCAUUAGUAGACGGUGCUGUGAUGAGGUCAGUGAAAUUAAAGAAUGACCACUGUCUACUGUUUUUAUUAAGCUUAUAUAUUAAAAUCAACACCCAAAAACUGAAACAUUUAUAAAAUUUAAAUAUUUUUGUAUAUGAAAGUGUAUGUAUAAUGUAUUUAGAUUGUAGGCCUAUUAGGAAUACAGCCUAAGGUUAUCCUAAAAAAUAUCACAGUGAUAUGAGAGCUAGUAAUUACAUUUUUUUGGCAAAACGUAUAAUAAUCAUAAUUAAAUUAUAGAAGCAAAAUACAAAAAUCAAGUAAAUAACAAUGUAUUAUUUUCACUUUAUUAAGACAUUUUAAUUACAAAGUAAACAGUCCAGCUGCACUUGCUUGUGAAAUUAGCUUUAAGUUUUAAUAAGAUGUAAUCAGAUGUAACAAGGGACUAAUUUAUUUAUUGCAUUUCCUGAAAAUUUCAACAAUGUGUUGUUUAACAUUUCUUUAAAAAAAAAAGAUCAUGGCAAUAGAGCCAAACAACACAUUAUGGAAAAGGGAAAGACAGAUACAUCAUGGUGGUGCCAUACGACACUACAUGAAAGACCCGGAAGAUGAUGGCUUUCCUCGUGGUCCAAAUGCCAGCCCCCAUUACUGUGCAGAGUGU